CUAUUGGUCCUUCGAGCCGGAUAUAUAUAAACCGUUCGCCCCUACACAAGUUUUUUUGGCAAAGAUAAUUCACACCUCUGCAGAGAACCAGCAUGGCACCGUCAGCGAAGGCAUCCAAUCAACGCCAAGGAACGGACUCUUUUAGAUGCCGGGUGUGUAGAGGCAUCCAUGCGCUACGCAAGUGCCAGCGCUUCUUGAAGCUCACGCCCGAGAAGCGUCUCCGAGCCGUUUUGAUUAACAAAUAUUGCUCCAACUGCCUGGCUCAUCAGCAUUCAGGGGAAUCAUGUCGCAGUGGAGCCAAGUGCAAAAUUUGCAAAAAGGACCACCACACCUUACUCCACAUGCGUGAUCCCCGCAGCGCUCGACCCUCUCGGUCAGACAACAGGCCCACAAGAAGAGCUUCUGGCUCCUCGCCCUCCAGCGGCACAUCACCCCCAAGCCCGAGACGUGCUACUAUACGGACGUCGCUUACGUCCCUUCUCCAGCACAAGGGGGUCAGUAUACUGCCCACCGCCAUAGUGCUGCUCGACACCGGGAAAAAGACCCUUGUGACUCGGGCUCUGAUCGAUCCAUGUUGUUCAGUAAGCCGCAUUAAUGCAACCGUGGCAAGGGCCUAUGGCCUUUCCGUCACACGCAUUGGCGCAGAAGGAGCGUGCACAGCCGUGCUACGCUCCAAGACAACUCAGAUGUCUCGAGAGGUGGUCUUAAUGGCUGACCCGCAACUCAGCUGCAUAACUCCAGCCCGAGCUAUCAGAGCGGACAUGAAGGACCCGUUUAGCAACGUCGCUUUGGCGGACAACGACUGGUUCCGUCCAUCUCCAGUACCUUUGGUACUCGGCGCCGACGUCUACCCAGACAUCAUCCUACCAGGUAUCCUCCCGAGCCAAGGCGGUCUGCCGAUGGCUCAAAAUACUAAGUUUGGAUGGAUACUCUCUGGCACAUGCACGCAAUAGUAAUCCUUGCAAUCUGCAUAUUGCCAGGGGGGGGGAGAAUGUUCAUGCCAGUUCAUUGCUAGUCUGAACACAGCAUCGACUGAGCCUCACUCAGUGUGAGAGAGUCACUCAGUGAGACAGACUCACUCACUGAGAGAGACUCACUCUCAAAUAGGAUCCAAAGUACGCUCAGAACUCUCCCCACGAUCUCCACUCCACCUCAACCGUUUUGACACAAGAAAAUGCAAAUCACUUCUAAUGUAAAGUUCGUUAUAUGCAGCCACAAGUGAAAUAA